GGUUUUGGUUCCGCUUUUCGUCUGGUUCUUAUUCAAAUUGAACGUUUUUGACUCGCACUAAUCUUUUAAGUUAACUUAUAUAAGUUAAAUGUAAAGAAUAAUUUUUGAAUCAUGAAUUCAAGUAGUGCAAAUGAUACAAAUAUUGCAGUGAAUUUGGAGACUGAUGUUCUAGGCGGUAGAAGAGAGAAAUCACAAAGUGCAGCGGAAUACCAUGUCGAAAAACUUCAACGCUUGGUUAACGAAAAUAAUCGGAAUUAUGAUGCUGUCUCCGAACUCAUGGAAAUUUAUCAAUCAAAAAAUAGUCCGCUUUUACAGGAGUUUUUGCAGAAUGUUUCUAAGAAUUUUGCUCUAACAGAGGAUGUCUGGUAUGAUCUACUGCAAAACGAAAUGCAAAUUUUGGACGAUAAUUAUGGUGAUACUGAAAAAGUACUUAAAAUAGAUCAACUAAUGAAGAGAGCAACUGAUGAUCAUUGCGCCUUUCGAAAUUUAUACGAGAGAGCAUAUUACUGGUGUGGAUCAGAUGUUUGUUUUGGACAUAUUAUUUGGAAUAUCUGUCAUGACAUUGAGAAACAAUAUUUUUGCUAUAUUCAAGCUAAUGACGAUAUAUCCGAAGAUGAAAAAGAAAAACUUUAUGGCAGUAUAGCAGAUGCUAAAGCCGAUUUAUACAGAAAUCAAUGCCAAUGUCCAGUUUCUGGAGUCGACGUUGCCCUAGCUGCAACAAAGGAAUUAGGAGAAGAUUUAGUAGAUCAAGAAUUUGAGAGUUUUGCUGCGGAAGCGAUAGCUGCUCACGAAAAUCGUUUAACAAUGCUGCCAGAUUUCGCCGAAAGAGCUGAAGACAAAGAGAUUUUGGCUGAACUUCACAAAAAGUAUAUUCAAUUUGAAUUAGAGGGAGAUGAAAAAAUGUGGAUCCUUAAUGCUUUUAAUCGGGCCCUUUUGCAAUGUCCGUAUGAAAAGGAAAUAUGGACUGACUAUUUGAUAUGGUAUUCAGAAAAUGUCGUUAAUGAUCUGGAACAAAUCCUCAGAGCCCUUCGCUUUUUACCUAAAUCCUGCCGCUUAUCAGCGUUCUACUUGCUAAAGUUAGAAGAAUCAGAAACCUGCUCCGAGGAUACAUUGAUAAAUUAUUAUGAAGAAUAUCUUUCUAUGCCUUUUGACGACAUCAGAGAAUAUGGAAAUUUAUGGAUACAGUACAUCAAUUUUCAUAGACGAAUGCCUGAUCUUGACCUAGCAUCGGAAGAAAAUGAACGAAAAGAGUACUUGAGAGACACCUUAGAAAGAGCUGUGAUGGCUUUAAAAAAGAAUAUGAGAAGUGCUGAUCCAAAAUUAUCAAUUUUAAGACAACAGGCUGAUAUAGAGGCUCGCUUGUUAAAUAUGCCUCGAGCAAGAGAGAUUUGGGGUGAAGUUAUGAAUUUAGGAGGACAUCAACCUACCCUUGCAGAUUCUUAUAUUGAAUAUAUAAAAUUUGAAUCAGCAUGGGGAGACACCAAACAUGUUCUGAAAUUGGUUAAAAAAGCUAUAUCGAAAACUCCUGCUAAUAUUUCAAAAAUUCGUCUUUAUGAUGUAGCUUUAGAAAUUUACAAUACUCAAGGUUCUCUAAAAAAUCUUUUGAGUGAAGUCUUCGAAAUUGAAAAGGCAAGAAAUGAGACACAAAAAGAAAUAAAUGCUAACAGAGAAAAGACCAAAGUGACAAAGACGACAAAAGAGAAAACAUCUCAAAAGGAUAGAAAGAAACAACAAACUACGAAAUCAGAAGAAACAGCAGAUUCAACAAAAGCUCAUGAGUUUAAGAUGCCAGCUCCUUUUUCAGAGGCAAAGGCUAAAAAGAAAACUUUUGUUAAGGAAACUACUGACGCAAGUGAUGAUACUGUAAGCUCUAAAAAACGAAAAUUAUCCGAAGAAGAAAGUGGAGAUGAACCAACUCCUCCAAAGAUUCAGAGAAUUAACCUAGAGGAAGAUGUUUCUGAUAAACUUACAGCCUUUGUAAGCAAUUUGGAAUAUUCAGUAACAGAAGAACGUAUUCAAGAUAUAUUUGAAGCUGUCGGUAAAGUGAAACAAGUUCGUUUAGCAAAAACAAAUAAAAACACAAGCCGAGGAUUUGCAUAUGUCGAUUUCGCAGAUGAGGUUAAAUCUUAUGAAGCCGCAUUAUCUAUUGAUAGAACUCUUAUAGAUGGUCGACCAAUGUACGUUUCCAAACUAAAGAAAAAAGGUGAUGAAACCAAGGUUUUCAAGUUUUCAACAAAUAUGGAGAAAAAUAAACUUUUUGUGAGAAAUAUACCGCUGGAUGUACCGGAGAAUGAGUUGCAAAACUUGUUUGAAAAGCAUGGUAAAAUAAAGAGCGUUCGACUUGUAACAUAUAGAAACGGAAAGUCUAAAGGAAUUGCUUACAUUGAAUUUGAGAAAGAUUCCGAAGCUACUGAUGCUGUAAUGAAACUAGACAAUUUCGAGUUUAAGGGUCAAACUUUAAGUGUAGCAAUCAGUAAUCCACCACCCAGAAAUCAACCAGUAAAGAAAACUUUAAGUCUUGGAAGCGGUAAAAAAGAAACUAAUAAUAGAGGUAAGGCUCAUACUCAGUUAUCGUUCCUACCAACCUCUUUGAGGAAGAAGCAAGACGUAGAAAAAGUUUCAACAGAUUCAAGCAAGCCUAUGACCAAUGACGAGUUCAGAAAUUUCCUAACAAAAAAAUAG